AUGGCUCCCACCGCCCCAGCUCCGUUCUCUGAGCCACUGCUCCCUCAGCUAGACCUGCCAACGAACCCGUACUACACCGAGAAACACCAUCGUCUUCGCGCCUUCGUCCGCAACUAUGUAGACACUGAGCUCGCUCCCUUCGCGCAAGAGUGGGAAAUAGCGGGUCAAGUCCCCGAGAGCGUUCGUUUACGACACUGCCAACUGGGGUUUGCGAUCACACACCCCGUGCUUGAUCCUGCAGAUGCAGGCGGUAUUCAACAACCCGCUGGUAUCCCUUUUGCUGAGUGGGAUACCUGGUGUAGUGUGAUUGUGGGCGACGAGUUUGCUAGGCUGGGGUGGUGUGGACCGAUCUGGGGACUAGGAGGUGGAAACGGCAUUGGAUGUCCUCCGAUCAGUAGAUUUGGGACGAAAGAGCAGAGACAGAAGUGGCUGCCCAAGGUUGCGAGAGGGGAGAUCAGGUUCUGUUUAGGGAUAACUGAACCGGAUGGGGGAAGUGAUGUGGCCAAUAUAAAGACCACGGCCGAGCGGAGAGGCAACAAAUACAUCGUAAAUGGUGAUAAGAAAUGGAUUACAAAUGGCAUCUGGUGCGAUUUCUGCACGGCCGCCGUUAGAACAGGCGGGCCGGGUCACGGGGGUAUUAGCUUGCUGGUUGUCCCACUGAAGGCGAAAGGCGCUUCCACCAGACGGAUGGAGAAUCAGGGUGUCAAUGCCAGCGGUUCGACCUUCAUCACUUUCGAGGAUGUUGAGGUGCCUGUGGAGAAUCUGAUCGGUCAAGAGAACCACGGUUUCCAAUUGAUCAUGUCAAACUUCAAUCCCGAGAGACUGUCCCUGGCGACCGCUGCACUGCGUCUAGCUCGAGUUUGCGCCCAGGACGCAUAUGCUUACGCCUGCGAUCGCAAGACUUUCGGCAAGAAAUUGAUCGAGCACCCCGGCAUCAAGUCGAAAGUGGCUACGUUCGGACUGCUGAUCGAACCCGCACACUCCUUCCUAGAGCAACUCUGCUUCAUCAUUGAGACUUCCCGUGUCACAGGCAAGGAAGUCAAUGUGGGAGGCAUGACGGCCUUGUUGAAGGUUAUGAGCACCAGGUGUCUGGAGCAGGUUUGUCGCGAGGCACAGCAGAUUAUGGGUGGAGCUGGCUAUUCCAAGACUGGCCGAGGUGCUCGAAUCGAACAGAUCAGCCGCGAUGUGCGCGUGCAUGUCGUGGGAGGUGGCAGCGAGGAGGUCAUGCUCGAUCUGGCUGUCCGUCAGGAGGCGAGAGAUGUGAAGUUGCGAGCAACAAAGCUUGCAGCAUCAUCGAAGUUGUAA